UUUAAUCAACAGUACUGCCAGCUUCAUCAUCUUCGUCGUCAUCCUCUUCAUCAACCCCAUCCAGCCUCCGGAUUUUGGUUAAGCGUCUGUCUCUCUGCACCCUACAGCAUCCUCUCCGACAUCUCGCCGCCGACGACCCUCCGGACCGCUGUAAGUGACGUGACUCCGAACCAAUCCUGCUGCGGCUCCGGAUUGACAACGCAGCUGAAAGAGAUGGGCGGUGUCCAAUGACGAGGGUCGACGGGGUGGGAGGACGGGGGGAGGCGUUGGAGUGGUAUACUUCACCACCUCUCCUAUGGGUUUACAAAGAGUUAGUGCAAGAUAUUCUGCUCUGGGAGUGAGACUGCGAGGAUAAGCGCCAGUGUGCUCUCGGAGCUUCGGUGUACAACACAGUAAAGGCUUUUCAUGUUGCUUGGCAUCUCCGAGAGGCAUUGAUUUUCAGAUUUUGCACCUCUUUUUAUAAAUAGAUUUUUUUAUUAUUAUUUGUUGCUGUUUUGUGCAUACAUCUGGCAAUCACUGAUGGAGCUGCGUGAAGUUGAAUCAUGACGGGACACGAGUGUCUCCUCCUGCUUUCACCUCGUCGGCACAUUCACCUUCACAGGUAGCCGGGUAUAAGCAAGAAAAAAAAAAGCCGGUUUUCUCGGGACAUUUACAGGGGAUCACUAUUCAUAUAAAUAUAUAUAUAUAUAUAUUUGGAUCUCUACUUAUGAAAGGUAUAACAAACAACUGAUCACCUUGCUGUGUAUACCCUGGGAAGCACGUUGAUCACCGCAAUUCUCGCAGGUCGCGCCGUCAUUCUCUGUUCAUUCCCGAAGUUAAAGUGGGAGAAAGGAACUGCGACACUAGCUAUGCAGCUUCACAUUAACCCCAGUUUUUGCGCUUUGCAGCUUUUACUCCAAAUCUGUUCAUCUGUCUGAUCACUUCUACAUUUUUUUUCUCCAUCCCUUUUGUGGAACAAAACGCUAUCAGCAAAGAGGGAUCUCGUUACCUGAAUGAACUCGCAUACAUCUGGGGACGAGACGACUAUGAGCUAUCACACUUCAGUUUUUCUCCUUUGCUGCAACGGAUUUGGGGUGUUUUCGUGGACAAUUACUGUCAUCGCAUUCAACACUGCACAGAAGUAAAUCAUUAAAUUGCAAAGCCUGGAGAGAAAUUAACAGCAUCAUGGAUUUGAAAGACUAUUACCUGUUGGGUGCUCUGCUUGCCUGCAUAUGGCUUGAUCCUUCAAUAGCUCAAGAAUUAAUAUAUCCCAUCAGGGAGGAGCUGCAAGAAAAUGUCCUUAUUGGAAAUAUACCAAAGGACUUAAACAUUUCCCAUACAAAUGCUGCCACUGGAGCAAGUGCUAAUCUUGUGUACCGGCUGGUCUCCAAAGCUGGAGACAACCCACUGGUCCGUGUUCUGAGCAGCACUGGAGAGAUAUUCACAACAUCAAACCGAAUCGACAGAGAGAAGUUGUGCCCUGGUCCCUCAUUUGAGGACAGCGAGUGCUCCUUUGAAAUUGAAGUGGUCGUCCUGCCUAAUGAUUAUUUCAGGCUGAUUAAGAUCAAAAUAAUUGUCAAAGACACAAAUGAUAAUGCCCCCAUGUUUCCAUCCCCUGUGAUCAACAUUUCCAUCCCAGAGAACACCCUCAUUAACAGCCGCUUUGCUAUUCCUUCUGCCACUGACCCAGACACUGGCCCCAACAGUGUCCACAAAUAUGAGCUGAUCAAUGGGCAAAGUGCCUUCGGUUUAGACAUUGUGGAGACGCCAGAAGGGGAAAAGUGGCCCCAGCUUAUUGUGCAGCAGAAUCUUGACCGGGAGCAGAAGGAUACUUAUGUGAUGAAGAUUAAAGUAGAGGAUGGUGGCAGUCCUCAGAAAUCCAGCACUGCCAUUCUUCAGGUCACUGUAACAGAUGUAAAUGAUAACAAGCCAGUGUUCAAAGAGAGUCAGAUAGAGGUGCAUAUACCAGAGAACUCCCCUAUAGGCACAUCUGUUGUGCAGCUCCAGGCUACGGAUGCAGACAUAGGGUCAAAUGCAGACAUACAUUAUGUAUUUGGAACUCAAGUGUCUCCUGUGACCAAAAGACUUUUUGCAUUGAAUACAACAUCUGGCCUAAUUACAGUGCAGAGACCACUGGACAGGGAGGAGACUGCCAUUCACAAGCUCUCUGUUUUAGCCAGUGAUGGCAGCUCAAGUCCAGCCAGAGCUAUUGUUACUAUAAAUGUGACUGAUGUUAAUGACAAUCCACCUAAUAUAGACCUGAGAUACAUAAUCAGUCCCAUUAACGGCACUGUUUUUCUCUCAGAGAAGGACCCCAUCAAUACAAAGAUCGCUCUCAUCACAGUUUCAGACAGAGACACUGACAUAAAUGGCAAGGUCAUUUGUUUCAUAGAGAAGGAUGUACCCUUCCAUCUCAAAGCUGUGUACGACAACCAGUAUCUGCUGGAAACAUCUGCUCUGCUUGACUACGAGGGGACAAAGGAAUACAACUUUAAAAUAGUUGCUUCAGAUUCUGGAAAGCCGAGUUUGAAUCAGACGGCCUUGGUGAGAGUGAGGCUGGAGGACGAGAAUGACAACCCACCUAUUUUUACUCAGCCAGUCAUCGAGCUGGCCGUCAUGGAAAACAACAAGCGCGACCUGUUCCUCACCACCCUUACCGCUACAGAUGAGGACAGUGGGAAGAAUGCAGAGAUAGUGUAUCAGCUGGGACCAAAUGCAUCAUUUUUUGAUCUGGACCGUAAAACUGGGGUCUUGACUGCAUCCAGGGUUUUUGACAGGGAGGAUCAGGAUAGAUUCCUCUUCACCGUAACAGCGAGAGAUAACGGGACUCCCCCUUUGCAAACACAGGCGGCUGUUAUUGUAACUGUGCUGGAUGAAAAUGAUAACAAUCCUAAAUUCACACAUAACCACUUUCAGUUCUUUGUGUCAGAAAAUCUGCCUAAAUACGGCACUGUGGGGGUGAUAACUGUGACAGAUUCAGAUGCUGGAGAAAAUGCUGCUGUCUCUCUUUCUAUUCUGAAUGACAAUGAGAACUUUAUACUAGAUCCAUACUCUGGGGUGAUAAAAUCUAAUGUGUCAUUUGACAGGGAGCAACAGAGCUCCUAUACGUUUGAUGUUAAGGCUGUGGAUAGUGGCAGACCUCCUUGCUUCUCAGCCGCAAAGGUGACCAUCAAUGUCAUUGAUGUUAACGACAACACACCAAUUGUCAUCUACCCACCCUCUAACACAUCUUUCAAGCUUGUCCCUCUGUCCUCUAUCCCAGGAUCUGUGGUAGCUGAGGUGUUUGCUGUUGAUGGUGACACAGGGAUGAACGCUGAACUGAAAUACACUAUUGUGAGUGGGAAUAACAAGGGUUUAUUCAGAAUUGACCCUGUCACAGGAAAUAUUACACUAGAAGAAAAGCCCACAGUAACUGACAUAGGCUUACAUAGAUUAGUGGUCAAUAUCAGUGACCUGGGAUAUCCCAAAUCACUCCAUACCCUGGUGCUAGUGUUUCUGUAUGUCAAUGACACCGUGGGCAACUCAACACUCAUUUAUGAUCUCAUCCGACGCACCAUGGAGACCCCAAUAGACAGAAACAUUGGUGAAAGCAGUGAAACUUAUCAGAGUGGUGACUAUUUAACUAUAAUGAUAGCCUUUGUUACUGGCGCAUUGGUGGUGAUUAUCGUCAUCUUUGUGACUGUGCUGCUGCGCUGCCGCCACGCGUCCAGGUUUAAAGCCGCACAAAGAAAAAAACAAGGGGCUGAGUGGAUGUCACCUAACACAGAAAACAAGCAGAACAAAAAGAAAAAACGCAAGAAAAGAAAGUCCCCCAAAAGCUCCUUGCUUAACUUUGUCACCAUCGAGGGGAACAAACCAGAUGAUCCUGCCCAUGAACCAAUCAAUGGAACCAUCAGUCUGCCCACUGAGCUGGAAGAACAAGGGAUUGGACGCUUUGAUUGGAAUGCCACGCCUACUACCACCUUCAAACCCAGCAGCCCUGACCUGGCUCGGCACUACAAGUCAGCCUCACCACAAUCGGCCUUCCACCUCAAGGCCGACACACCUGUCUCAGUCAAGAAGCAUCAUGUGAUUCAGGAACUCCCACUGGAUAACACAUUUGUUGGGGGCUGUGACACCCUUUCCAAGAGAUCCUCCACGAGCUCCGACCACUUCAGUGCCUCAGAGAGCAGCUCCCAAGGAGGGUUCAAAACGAAGGGGUCCAUGCACACCAGACAGCAGGGAACAUUAACUCGUGCCCGAACUGAACUGAACCCUGAAUAUCUGGACCUUCGUCCUCGAGCAGAGCUGAAUCCUGAAUAUUGGACCCCUUGCACCCCUUUAUCACAGCGGCGCGUCACGUUUCACCUGCCGGAUGGCUCUCAGGAGAGCUGCAGUGACAGCGGUCUGGGGGACCACGAGCCUGUAGGCAGUGGCUCUCUCCUCACACAACCUCUCCCUCUGGUGCAGGCGCAGGAUGACUUCUACGAGCAGGCCUCCCCGGAUAAGAGAACCGAGGCUGAUGGCAACUCAGAUCCUAACUCUGAUGGACCCCUGGGACCGCGUGGGCUUAUGGAAGCUACAGAGAUGUGCACACAGGAGUGCCUUGUCCUGGGACAUUCAGACAACUGUUGGAUGCCUCCCACAUUAGGAUCAUACCAGCAGCCUAAGUCGCCUGUGUCUAGCUUUGGCACUCAGCGGGAGUGGGGUCAAAAGGAUAGACUUCUCAAUGGACACACUCUGUCCAGAAGCUGGAAAAAUGAAAGUGGACGGUCAGAGCAUUUUGGUGACAGGAAGCAGUUUGGAAGUGGGGAGGGACACUUCACCAGCAGCAGCAUGGCUGAUAUUCCUUUGGUAAGUCUGAAGUCUUGCCAAUCAGCAUCCUGCCCAGAUAGUCCAAAGGACCAGCAGCUAUAAAACAGACUUACCUUUGCUGCAAGCAAUCUUUAAGAGGACAGAGUAAACAGGUGAGGCAUCUUACCUGGGCUUACCCUGUGUUUCAUUAGUUAAUUUUUUGUCUCAUUUCUUCCCACUUAAGAUGAUGCUUCUGCAGACUAAUAAUCAUAUGUACUCUUUAGGCAACAAAACACUGCUUAUGCUUAGUUCUCCACAGUAAAAUGCUUCUACAGCUGCACACAAAUACUUUUUUUUUGCUAUGAUUCUCCAUGAAUAACCUUUUCUGCCCACUUCUUGUGGAGACAUGAGGAAGAAGAAUCUGCAUAAAACUGAAAAAGGGAAAAAAAUGACUGGCAGACCAAUAUAUACAAAUAUUUGUGGUGUGAUUGUUAUUGAGCUGUUUGGGACUAUAUUAUUCAACACAAUCAAAUAAAAAUGUGAUUAUGUUUCAGGAAAAUAUUGUUCUUAUGACACUUGUUUGUGGACACCUGUUUAUUCUGUCAUUGUCUCUGUGUUUGUAAAUAAUACUUAUUAACCACAAUCAUGUAUCUGUAAUAUUCACAGUGGGUAGUACAGUUCUUGGCUUUUGUCAUCAUAAUGACUUCUCAUCAAGUUCUGGGAACUUCAGCUGGACAAAACCUAUGAUAUAGCAUGUCCAACGGGAAAACAUUUAUCUGAAACUUUUUUCAUGAUUAUUUAAGCAAAAUCUUGCCACAUAAUUUAUUUUCAUCUAUAUCCCAUAUAAAUUUUAUUCAAGUGCUGCAAAAUGUCAAAGCUAAAUCUGUUUUUUUUUCUUUUUUAGAAAAACAAAACAAACAAAAAAAGCUUAAUGAAGGAUGUCAGUGCUCAACAUGUGCAUUAUAAAACUGAAAAGCUCUGAAAGCUCUCUGAUUUUGAAAGUGUUUAGUACAAUUAAAUAGCAAUAUAUUUGUAAAUGGCUAAAUGUUUUAUCUAAUGUUGAUCUUAUUAUUGUAUAGAUUUU